AAGCACGAGCACCGGCUAUUCAGCAGCUUAGCAACUUAGUGUCAGUCUCUGGAUCCCUACCGAUAACACAGGGCCUCGAACACUUGUACUCUUCCUCGUUGCGCGUUCUUUUUUCGCUUGUUUCCGUUUCUCUGGGAAUGAACCGACGACAUCGAGCGUCGUCACUAACGACGCUAUUGUUGUUCGUCAUACAGACUGCUAUAACCAUCUCUGGUACUAUAGAAGCCAAUCCGAAGAGUAAAUCUACCGCUUUCGAGUCAUCGUUCGAAGAGGUCCAGCAAGGGGAGGAAGAUGAUAAUGCGGUGAUCAUCGACGCUGCCAGUGAUACAGAUGUUCGAUUCAAAGCGAGAGACGGUCGUGGUAUCCUGUGGAAUGGAGUUUCCAAUAGCGAUUCCUGUCUGACGUCGAAAGGCGAAGUUGGUCGUUGCACAAGCUUCAAAGAGUGCUAUCCAUAUUUCAAAAUUCCUGAUCUAAGCGCGCUUGAUGGCUGGGUUCUUGGUGUUUACGACACCUGUAGUUAUGUACGAGACAAUGGGCAGAUGAAUUUUGGAAUUUGUUGUUCCAAUAUACUUCCAGUCGUUACUCCACUGCCAGAUAACACUCAAGAUCCUACUAUAGAAAAUACUCAGGAAGAGAGCGUCGACAAGAAAGAGGAAAAUACGACCGUGAAACCAAGGCCACAAGGACCAAGUUCCUGGCCACCAUCGAUACCAACGCAUCCACCUGAUCACACCAUACCACCGCUACCUACUCAUCCAUCAUUCCAAUUACCAACAUUCUCUACCAUAAAACCAGUUUCAACAUCGAAAAAACCUGGUGUCGCGACGACCUGGCCAACGAAGAAACCUGCCAGGUGGCCAUUGAUCGUAUCAACCACCAGCGAGAAACCCUUGAAUAUUCUUUCAAACACCGACACGUCUCAAUGCGGGGCGAAGAACGGUAUUCAGGAUCAAGAGCGGAUCGUAGGCGGUCAGAAUGCUAUCCUUGGCGAGUGGCCUUGGAUCGCCGCGCUCUUCAAUGGUGGACGACAAUUUUGCGGUGGUUCGCUCAUUGACGAUAAACAUAUUCUCACUGCUGCUCAUUGCGUUGCUAACAUGAAUUCUUGGGACGUAGCGAGAUUAACAGUCCGUCUGGGAGAUUACAAUAUCAAGACGAAUACGGAGAUCACACAUAUUGAACGACGGGUGAGACGAGUGGUCAGGCAUAGGGGUUUCAAUUCACGUACCCUAUAUAACGAUAUCGCACUUCUCACCCUCAGUGAACCUGUUCCAUUCACGCAACAAAUUCGACCCAUCUGCCUGCCGAGUGGCUCGCAGCUGUACGCUGGAAGAACUGGUACGGUUAUUGGCUGGGGCUCCUUGAGAGAAAGUGGGCCACAACCAGCAGUAUUGCAAAAAGUAUCAAUACCUAUUUGGUAUAACAGUGAAUGCAGGCAAAAAUACGGUGCAGCAGCACCUGGUGGUAUCGUGGACAGUUUUUUGUGUGCGGGACGAGCUGCAAAAGAUUCUUGUUCGGGUGAUAGCGGUGGUCCUUUAAUGGUGAACGACGGCCGCUGGACACAAGUGGGUAUCGUCAGUUGGGGUAUUGGAUGUGGCAAAGGUCAAUAUCCCGGUGUUUACACCAGAGUGACGCAUUUCCUGCCUUGGAUUCACAAAAAUUUGAAAUCAAACUCAAGCUAGGAGAUACAUUAGUCCUACUUAAUAAAAUAUUUUGUUAUUUGUCACCCUCGCAUCAUCGAACUCUGCAUAGCAACAUGUAAAAUAACGAGAUUCGUAGAGUACUGAAGAUGUUUUACAUAAAUAAAAGCGACCUAAAAUAAUUUAUUUCUGUACAAUUCGUUUUAUGAACCAUUAUUGAAUAACAUUUAUCCGGAGAUAAGUAAUUAUACAAAAAUUCUAAAUUGUAACAAAAUAUUUUGUAGU